CAACUGGAGCAGAGUAGUACCAAUCAACAACUCUGUCCUAUCCUCUCCUCUGCUCUCGUGUCUCGAUCUUGCCCCUCGACGGCCGACGCCCAGGCCCCGCCCGCUUCUAGUUUCUUGUGUUGGCCGGCGCCGCCGCGCGCGCGAUCGAUGGCGUCGGAGGACAACAAGCCGAGGAGCGAGGAGGAGUGGCGCGCCGUCCUCUCCCCCGAGCAGUUCCGCGUCCUCCGCCAGAAGGACACCGAGUUGCCCGGAACUGGCGAGUACAACAAGUUCUACGGUGACGGGGUGUACAACUGCGCUGGCUGUGGAACGCCCCUGUACAAGUCCACCACCAAAUUUGACUCCGGCUGUGGCUGGCCCGCCUUCUUUGAAGGACUUCCUGGAGCCAUAACCCGGACGGCUGACCCUGAUGGUAGUAGUGUAGAAAUCAUAUGCACUGCUUGUGGCGGGCAUUUGGGCCAUGUGUUCAAGGGAGAAGGCUUCAAGACGCCUACCGAUGAGCGCCACUGCGUGAACAGCGUUUCAAUCAAGUUCACUCCUGCCUCCUGAAUCCUUCUUUCUGAAGUUAUUUGGACGGGCUUCCAAGAUCUCAAACAACGGAAACAAAAACACAAUAAUGAUUAUGGCCAUAGAAUCCUUUCUUUCAUGAAUUUCCCUGAUCGGAAACUCUGGGAAGCGGAUGUGCAAUAUGGAUUAGCUCCUGCGAAAACAUUUGCAUGUAACUGUAGCCGACAUGUGCAUGUUGCUCUUGUUAAUUGGGUUGAACUCUUGUUAAACUUGAAUCGCCUGAAACCGUUACCUAUAUGUAUAUGCUACGCCGUGGUCUUAAGUUGGAA